UACUUUUUUUUUUUUAGUGACAGCGUCACCAUGGCGAAUAAUUCCACGCCGGGCUAUUGUGUAGUGCGCGCCGUCCCUGGGCUCGGGUGACCGACCAAUCAGGCUCCGCGUCCACGCGUGUUUGCCUGCUUGGAAUAAUAUUUUUAAAAGGGAGCUCCGCCACGAGCGCUGCAUGAGAAACAAGAGGCGCAGGAGGACGAGAAGAGCAAGAGCGGCAACUUUUUCUUCAGCUCUUUCCCGCAUGCAGCAACUCUGGAGCAAGGACUGACUUUGUUGUUUAUUUAAUUUUUCCCUCACUCGCCAGUCGCCACUCGCGCACACCCCCGCCCCAUGGCCGGAGCGGAGCGUGACCUGAUCGCGGACUUUGGGCGUUGAGCGAGCGGGGUCCCCCCCGCGGGCACAAAUCGGGCCGCCAUGUCCAUGCUGCCGACUUUCGGCUUCACGCAGGAGCAAGUGGCGUGCGUGUGCGAGGUGCUGCAGCAGGGCGGCAACAUCGAGCGCCUGGGCCGCUUCCUGUGGUCGCUGCCGGCGUGCGAACACCUGCACAAGAACGAGAGCGUCCUGAAGGCCAAGGCGGUGGUGGCCUUCCACCGCGGCAACUUCCGCGAGCUAUACAAGAUCUUGGAGAGCCACCAGUUUUCGGCGCACAACCACCCUAAGCUGCAGCAGCUGUGGCUCAAGGCGCACUACAUCGAGGCGGAGAAGUUGCGCGGGCGGCCGCUGGGUGCCGUGGGCAAGUACCGGGUGCGCCGCAAGUUCCCGCUGCCGCGCUCCAUCUGGGACGGCGAGGAGACCAGCUACUGCUUCAAGGAAAAGAGCCGCAGCGUGCUGCGCGAGUGGUACACGCACAACCCCUACCCGUCCCCGCGCGAGAAGCGCGAGCUUGCCGAAGCCACCGGACUCACCACUACGCAGGUCAGCAACUGGUUCAAGAACCGACGCCAGCGAGACCGCGCCGCCGAGGCCAAGGAGAGGGAGAACAACGAAAACUCAAACAACAAUAACAACAACAGCAGCAACAACAGCAGCAGCAGUAACGCACUGACUUCGUCGCUGAACGGAAAUAAAACUCUUUUGGGCAGCUCGGACGAGGACAAAACGCCCGCGGGCACGCCGGACCACCACACGUCGCCCAGCCCUGCACUGCUGCCUGGCUCGGCCGGCGGCCAGCUGGCCCCCUUGCACGGCCUGCCGCCCCCACCCGGACCCAGCGCCGUCCUGGUGUCCGGAGGUGGCGGCGGCGGCGGUGGCGACUCGGCCCACCAGCACCACCAGCACCACCACCACCAUCAUGCUCCCCAUCAUCAUCUUCAUCAUCAUCCUCAUCUUCCUCACCACCACGGGUUACACCAUGACACCAUCCUCAACCCCAUGUCGUCCAACUUGGUGGACCUGGGUUCGUAAAGGAAGGCAAAGGAGGACACAUGUUUACCCUUUUUCAUUUUUAAAUAUAAAAUAUGCAGAAAUGUGCCAGUGGGAUUUUUGUGGGCGACGGAAAAGCACUUAAUAAAGGAAACCGUUUUCUCUUCAAUUGGCUACAAAGGUGAGGCGGGUCCAUUUCGGUGGAAAAAGACCGAAGAGCAAAAUGUAACUCGCCAAAUUGUUCAAAACAAUUCAAAUCGUACAAAAUGUCUUAAUAGUUGCUAAUUCUUUUGGUAGGUGGAUUAGUUUUGUUUUUCUUCGUUUACAGGGUUUUCCAAGAGAGCCCAACUUUUUUUUUUUUUUUCAUGCGGGGAGUGAAAUGCGAGUCGUACGUCCUCCUCAAGUGUGAGUAAUCUCUUGAUACGAUGGUGAUUAUUAUUAAUAUUGUUUGGACGAAAAAAAAAGACUGCAUGUGAAGUUGACACGAUGAAGCCUCAAAGGGGUCGCCUAUAGUUUCUUAUAGCCUUUACAAUAAAAACACAAGAAAUGUGCAUUAACUUGGACCAUUUCUUUCAUUCGACGCCCCAACCCGCCGUUGUUUGAUAAAUCUCAGCAAAGCUCACAAACAAACCACACGGGAAAUUACUGGAUUUUCUAUUUGAUUUUACGAUAUUUUGUCCCUUUUGUAUGUCUUAUCUUGUAAAAGAAAAACUAAAUAGAGAUCAGUUAAACAUUAAUUUGAAAGUUUUCAAUUCAUUUCCAUUCAGCCUAAAUGAAAGAUGUUAGCUAUAUUUGUAUGUCCUAUUCAAAUGUGAAAUUUCCCAAAUGUUGUUUGAAAGUAACACAAAUAUUUGAUACAAAUGAAUUAAAUGUAAACUGAACGAAUUGAGUGAAGCCUAGCUAAUGUUCUAUUUUACUUAUUCUAAUUGUAGGAAUGAGUUGAAUUCAUUUUUUUUAAUCAAAAUUGUUCACUUGAAAAUAUAUACGAAAUCCCGAAAUCACGAUGACGUCGCCGCUGUCCCAUUUUGGUGUAAAUGUUAAUCUUGUGUUUUGUAGAAGCUCGUAGUAAAAAAAAAAAAAAGAAGCAUUGUCAAUAACACGCUGACGUCAACCGCGUCACCAUGGCAGCGUGUUGUAAACGCGAUGUUCUCCCACGCAAAUGAGCGUGUAAAAACUCUCGUAAAAGCCACAAAACGCUUCUCGUGUGCAUGGGAAGAAUCACCAUGCAGGAACACUUUGACACUUUUUUAAUCUUUCAAUCAUGUCUCCCUGUGAAACGGCAAAUGUUUAUCAAUGGAGGGGAAAUGCAUCUUCCGGGAAAACACUAAAAUCAGUGUGGGUUGUGCGUGUGUGUGCGCGCGUGUGUGUGUGUGUGUGUGUGUGCGACACGGCUUUCGUUGAUUUAAAAGUCAUUACUGUGUUUGACUUGAAAGCUGCCAUUCAAAUAUCAUUUUGUGUUGUUGUUGACUUGAGCUAUUUUGUCCGGUGUCAGCUUCAACUUUCCGUCUGCGUCCAAGAUAACUUGAGCGGCAAUUAGAUAGCUUGAGUACACUUUUUUUUUUUUUUUGUCGUUGCUGUUGUUGUUUUUGACUGGUCGCUGUCAGGUGCAGCACGUCAACAUUCGAGUGUGACACAUUUCUGGUUCCGCUGGGGAAAGUCUUCACUUAGCUCCCCAUCACAGGGGUCAGCGGUCAAACGUUUAUAGCAUCCUAGCAGCUCAAAAUGAGACGGAGAGGACUUCACACUGACUGACGAUUAAUGGCUCAUGGUAGAAGCAUCAAAGGUCUGCAUGUCUGUGUGUGGAGGGGCAAAUCUUUAAGAUAUCAAUUCGUGACGUUUAUGGCAACAUUGUUAGCACAAGAAAGCAAGCAAGUUGUUUGCUCCAAAACAAUUUGUCUUUCUAUUUUUUAGUUGGGCAACAGUAAAGAAACUUGUUUUUUGUGUGUUGAACAUGCACAAAAGUCUAUUUUCACACAACUAAAUAUUUCAUUAAAUUGCCCAACAACUUUGUUGCCAACUUUCUUUCUUUAGAGACAUAGGAAUAACUAAGAUUAGUUGAAUAAUUUCAAAGGACACCAUUCCAAAUUUAAAAUUGGUAACUUUUUUGUACAUUCACUGAUUAAAAGAUAAUUGUUAUUUUGUAGUUGUAGAGCCCCUGAAGUGGCGGAAAUAAAAAUCGAAUGUUUCUUGUGCGUACCAGAAAGUUUCUCCUAUGCACAAUAAACUUUGACAUCACACGACAUCAAAUUAAAACCAUCAUUUGCUCAAAACAGAUUGCUGGUUAUUCCAGUUUUGUUACGUUCAAUGCGUAGUGUCAAAUAACCAAAUUAAAUAAAACUAAAUUAAGCAUAUUCUAAUCACAUUUGGCUCAUUAUUUUCAUCCUGAAAUGAUAUUCCUCUGCGGAUGAAUGUGUUAAUUAGCUGACAGCAGCUAAGCCAAAACAUCAGAAAAAAAUCCUACUAUUACUUUUUUACAUGUGUGUGGUGUAUAACAAUUAAUUCUGUACAAAAUGUAGUAAAUGUUUGUCCCGCCGAGAAGUAUUUUCAGCAUUACACUUGGUGUAAAGAUUUUAA